AAUCGUAAUUCCAGGAAUCAUAACUUAACUGCUCGUCUUCUAACCCAGUUCCAUUAAAGUCCCGCCCUUAGGCUCUGCCUAAAGCUUUCACGUCUCGCAUUUCUAACUUCCUCACUCUCUUUCUUCUUCUGUGGCGUUCUUCGGGUCUUCGCACACGUAUUCGCCGCCGGCGACAAGUUCCGUCGACUCUCACGAUUUCUUAUUCAUCUUCCAGUGAGUCUCGUACGUCUAGGCUUCGUUUCAGUUUUGUUUUCAAGUAUUAUGUUCAUCGUCAACCUCUGUAUUAGCUUGCAUUGCGUCUCUGUUGUUUUAGACAAGUCUUUUUGAUCAUUCUCUGAGGAUAAUCUACUGUUGAUCUUUGGAUGCAUACUGUCUGUAAGUUUAUUUUCAUCUGUAACUGAUACAUCUAGAUUUCGCUUCAGUUUUGUUUUCAAGUAUUACGUUCAUCGUCAACCUCUGUAUUAGCUUGCAUUGUAUCUCUAUUGUUUUAGACAAGUCUAUUUGAUCAUUCUCUGAGGUUAAUCUGUUAAAUAUUGAAUGCAUACUUUCUGUAAGUUUAUUUUCAUCUGAAACUCAGUUUUAAGGUCUUUUAAUUUUCGUGAAUUUUUCUUCGAUCAUAGAUGGGCGGUGGGAGGAAGACUCGGACCUUUACAAUGCAGGAAAAAGGCUUACCUCCUUGGACGUCAAAUGGCAGCGUGACCGCCAGAAACCUUGGAAAAAGUAAAUUGGCUGGAGUUAUUUUCGGUUGCAAGCACAACACAAUGCAAGAAUGUCUUUCCGAACAAUUGUUUGGAUUGUCGACUCCACAUAUCUCUUAUGUACGGAAUAUCAACCCCGGUUUGCCUCUGUUUCUCUUUAACUACAGUGACAGGAAGCUUCAUGGUAUAUUUGAGGCUACUAGCAAUGGUAAUCUGAAUAUCAGUCCGUAUGCUUGGGCUGCUGAUGGUAUGGAUUAUACUCCAUAUUCUGCACAGGUUAAAUUUAAGACGCGGAUGCAGUGUCACCCCUUGUUGGAAGAUCAGUUUAGGCCUAUCAUUGCUGACAAUUAUUAUGAGGCAAAGCUUUUUUGGUUUGAGCUGGACCAACGACAGACAAACAGGUUGAUUGCUUUGUUUUCAUAUUCACCAAUCCUGGAGACAGUUUCCCCACCGGAGAGACCGAGCAGUUCACUCAAAUCUUUGCAAACUAUCAAUGUAAGAGAAGACAGCAACAGUGAGGUGUUUUCUUCAAACAUGAAUGUUGCUCGUCUAGAUUCAAAGAAAAAGUGGAGCUCCUUGUUCAAGGGAUCCCAUACGGAUGUGAGAGAGGAUGGUGAAGAUUGCAAGAAAAUGACAUUUGAAUUAAACCUUUCUAAUUCAAAUAAUUCAUGUUACCAGUGGGAGGGGCCUUCUUGUGCACCACAUUCUUCUGAAGAGGAAAGCAAGUCUUGUCUAGCUCCUAUCAAUGGUUCUGAAAGACGAAGUGAAAUUGAAGAACCUGCAUUCUUCACUUCAUCCUAUUAUGAUGUCGAAGUUGAAUGUGAUGAGUAUAAGUCAGCAGCUUUGGAGGUGAAUAUUCCUUAUACAAAUAUUGAAGACGCAGCAGAAAAUAUGGAGGGAGAUGCAUUUUUUGUAAGUGAUGAAGAGAAUUCGUUAGAGGAUAAUCAUGAGGACAUUCAAACUCAUUUGAGUUCUGAUUGUCAGCUUGUAACUCAGGUACUUGGGCAUCCCUUUUGCCCCCUUAUUUGUUUUGGUCCCCAAGACAUAUCUGCUGGAUCAAAAAAUGAAAUUCAAAGUUUAAGAAGCUGGUGUGAGAUGUUAGAAAGUGGUAUGAAUUCUAAGCAGAGUAGCAUGGGAGGAAAAGAGCUUCAGUCAACUGAAGAGAUUCCUGCAAACCUUGAUGAAUCGAUAUUGAUACUGGGAGGCUUUGAUGGUUCUUGGUUAUCAACCAUGAAUUGCUAUUAUCCUUCCAGGGAUAUUAUGGAAUCUCUUCCUGCAAUGAGGUCUGUGCGUUCACAUGCCUCAACAGCUAAGUUAAAUGGUGAAAUUUAUGUUCUUGGUGGUGUUAAUGGAAACGUGUGGUAUGAUACAGUUGAAUCAUAUAACCUAGGAAACCGUCAGUGGGUUAAUCAACCCUCAAUGGGUCGAAAGAAGGGAAGUUUGGCUGGAAUAUCUUUAAACAAUAAAAUUUUUGCAAUUGGUGGUGGAAAUGGAGUUGAAUGUUUCGCAGAAGUAGAAAUGUUCGAUUUAGAUGUUGGAAGGUGGACCCUAACUUCAUCCAUGAGACACGAGAGAUUUUCUCUUGCUGCUGGCGAACUCAAUGGCAUUCUCUAUGCUGUUGGAGGAUUUGAUGGGAAGAACUACUUACGAUCAGCAGAAAUGUUUGACCCGCGGGAGAAAUCGUGGAGAGAAAUUGCAAGUAUGUCUACAAGGAGGGGAUGCCACUGCGUGGCUGUACUCAACGAAAAAUUAUAUGCAUUGGGUGGAUAUAACGGAGAUGACUUCAUCGCAACUGUAGAGGUAUUUGAUCCUCGUCGCGGUGUGUGGACAAUAAUAGAGCCCAUGAAUGAAACAAGGGGCUACUCUGCUACUGCCGUGAUUGGAGAUACAAUAUAUGUUUUCGGUGGUAUGAAAAACAUGGAACUUUCGGAAACGGUAUGUCAUUUGAUUUUUUAGCCGUGGUAAAGUUAGUUCAACGAUUGAAAAUAGCUUAUAAUAGCCUGGGCAGGGGAGAAGCUUAAUAAUGAUGGACGGUUUGUUUUGGAGGGCUUGUAGUUAUUCUCCUUUAUAUGGAUAUUCAAAACUUAUAGUCGUGUUUUUUUAUGUAAAAAAAUUUAGUAGAUUCAGACUCACUUUAUAUUGUGUUUCAAGAUAUGAUUAUUAUGGGUUUAAUAAGUAGACAUGGAUGAAGAAGCUGGAGACCUGGACCAGGAGUGCAGAGUGGAAUGAAGGUAUCCACAAGUAGAGCCUGCAAAGUAAAGAUGUCCAUUUUCUCUAUGGGAUGGGGACCUAUCCCUCUAAUUUGGAGGGAUGUCUCAUUUAGGUGGGAAAUAAAAAAAAAUUCCCAGAAGGUCAAAUGAAGGAUUGAGAAGUCAUCUCUGAUCCAUCUUGUCCCAUGGAUAUGUAAAGAUUUGGGACUUUCAUCCGGUAAACAUUAAGAUAUUUUAAAAAGUUUAAAGCACUUUGAAAAUUUUGACGGAGGAAUAAAAAUAGAAUUAUAAAUAAGAAAUAACAUUUUUGAUUGGGAGUCUGAGAGAUUCCAAAAUGGAUUUCAAAUGAAUUUUGUUGUUUUUGCUAAAAGAUGUCUAAAACAUGAUUUUGUGAUCAGAUUGCGUAAGAUUUCAUAGAAUUUUGAGUUGAAUUAUUCAUUUCAUAGAGAGAUCUGAGAUGCAUGACUCAUGGAAGGGAUGAAAAACCUUUGGAGAAUGAAAAAGAAAAUGGUGAGAAAAGUUUGACGAAUCUUAGAGAGAAGAUAUUAUGAGAGAAUCAACCUGAAGAGAUAGAAUACCGUAAUGUUUUUUUAAAAUAAAUAAAUAAAUAAAUAAAUACGAGAUAAGAGAAUCAAGCUUCUUACAUCAAACUAGUAAGUAAAAUGUAUUCGAUAACAAAAAGUAAAACAAAACAAAAAAAAAAAAAAAA